UUCCGGUCUACACUGCAGACAAAGAAUCCAAGUCCUCCUCUUUGAAUAACUCUCGCCCCCAGCGUUAAUGGCGGCUCUCUCUCUUUCUUCUUUCAAUCAUCGCAGUCAAGAAUUCAUCACUCAAAAUUUCAUUCAUCUCUCUCAGAUUACUUGUACUUCGAUUUUCGUUUUCAUCUUUGAUCCCUUUCUUUCUCUACAUGUAAACAAGAAAUGGAUCAAACUCUCCAAGCAGUUCUCGCAGCCACCGCCAGCUUCUUUGUGGUCAGCUUAAUCCUUGCAUCAAUCUUGGUCAUCUGCAAAGGCGACGCCAAACGACGCCGCAACAACCGUUCCGUCUCGCCGGUCCGGGCCCGAAAUUCGGCUUUGCCAAAGCCCAAUACCGCGCCCCAUGCUGGGCUUUCUUCCAUGUACACCGGCGAAAGCGCCACUUUUGAUCCGUCGCUUAACCAUGUUUCCAUGCAGGAGCUAGUUCAGGUGACCCGGAACUUUUCUCCGGACCUCAUAAUUGGCGACGGGAGUUUCGGGCUUGUGUACAAAGCCCGGCUCAAUUCAGGCCCAGUGGUCGCGGUGAAAAAGCUAUCUCCUGAUGCCUUCCAGGGCUUGCGAGAGUUCCGGGCCGAGAUGGAGACUCUUGGUAAGAUCCGACACCCGAAUAUAGUUAAGAUACUAGGAUAUUGUGCAACGGGUUCGGAUCGGGUUCUGAUUUACGAGUUUAUUGAAAAGGGGAGUCUUGACCAAUGGCUUUAUGAUACAUCAUCCGAGGAAGACUAUGAUGCCUUAGAAUUAAGGUUGCCUCUGUCUUGGCAUACUAGGAUGAAGAUUAUUAGAGGAGUGGCUAAGGGCCUUGCUUUUAUGCACAAUUUGGAUACGCCCAUAAUUCAUAGGGACAUCAAGGCUAGUAAUAUCUUAUUGGAUGCAAAUUUCGAGGCUCAUAUUGCAGAUUUUGGAUUGGCACGACGAAUAGAGGGGUCCCACUCCCACGUGUCGACGCAGGUGGCAGGUACGAUGGGCUACAUGCCACCGGAGUACCUUCAUGGUGCCACAAUGGCAACUGUGGUGGGGGAUGUGUAUAGCUUCGGGGUACUAAUGUUGGAGAUUGUCGCGGGAAGGAGGCCGAGUUUUCCGUUUUCGGGUGAAGACGGGAAGGAAGUCAGGUUGAUGGAAUGGAUCAACAAAAUGGUUCAAGAAAGACGGUAUAUGGAAAUGGUGGACGCUAGCAUUUCCAAGGAUGAUCUUGAGGAAAGCAUGGUUGUGGAGAUUUUCAAGAUUGGCCUAAAAUGUGCUGAUGAGAUGUGGAAACUUAGGCCGAGUAUGGAAGAAGUGGUCGAGCACUUGGAUAGGAUUUUGGCGUAAAUUUUCAUUUAGGUGUGGGUGGAAUAAUAUAUUUGUGAGCUCUCGACUCAUUGAUCUUUUGGCUGAGAUUGAAGGGCAAAUGAAUAUUGCUUUGUUCGAAGUAGUAAAAUUGAUAGCUACAAUCAUUAUUUUAAUUAUCUUCAUUGUGAGACGAAGGAAGAUGUAAAUAGCUCAUGGAGCAUGAAGCUAAAGUGACUGCAAAAGCAGGAUUAUUUAGCAGCAUACUGAAUUGUAAGUUAGAUCAGAUUG